AAGUUACAAUAAACUUCCCAAAAGCACUUUACACACAAAAUGGUGAGUUCGGUUGAUAGGACAAGUUUUUUCAAGCGGGAGAUCGCAAAAAAUCCUAAUUCCACUGUUCUGCCUACUAUAUCAAAGAACAAUGAAACUCGACAAUUCGAGUCAGAGGCAGACGUAAUUCACAAAGAACUUGCAAAGGCAAAGUCAAAAUUGUCAGAGUUAUCGCAACUUGUGAGAAAGAGGAGUCUAUACCUCGAUAAUACCAAUGCUAUCGAACAACUCACCGCGCAGAUCAAAGGCAUCAUAACUAAUGCGUCAAACUCGAUAGAUACGUUUGAAACACGCUUACAAAACACAAGAUCUAAUAAUGAACACACAAAGUUGCAUCAUGAAAACAUGAUUGCACUCUUGAGAAAGCAACUCUUUGAGGCAACGAAAAGUCUAAAGGACUUGUUACACCAAAGAACGCAGAUUAUGAUGGAACAAGAAUCUAGACGAAAGCUAUACUCACAAAAUGACCUAGACAGCGUACCAAAUUGGAGUGUUGGUAGGAAACGCUUCAUGAUGCAAGACCUAGAGGCAGACCAACAAAUUGAUCUUGAAAGCGGGGAAGAUAUGCGUCCAUCGGUUUCUCUAAUAGCCGAUGCAAAGGCGGAAGCUUUGGCCAACGUCCAGAGAGCCAUUGGGGAUUUAACCCAGAUAUUCCAGAGAGUAACAACCUAUGUAGUACAGCAGGACGAAAUGAUCAAGAGAAUCGAUGCGGACACAGACAUUUCUCUAGAUAACAUCAAAACAGCUCGUAACGAACUUGUCAAGUAUUACAAUCGCAUCUCCUCUAAUCGCACAUUGGUCUUAAAGGUUUUCUUUUUAUUUGUAGCAUUCACGAUAUUCUACAUCAUGUUCCUCACGUAA